CGGAAGUGACGUAACGGCGGAUGGUGGCCCGUUCAGUAGUGGUGGGCCGAAGCUGAGCUCGAAAGUGACAGGAGGAGGGGACAUGGGGCGCGCCGGACCGUGGUGACCGGACAGCGGUGAUCUGCUAUGGACAGCGCCAUUACUUUGUGGCAGUUCCUGCUCCAGCUUCUACAGGAACCGGGAAAUAAUGAUUUGAUAUGCUGGACGUCAGAUGAUGGGGAGUUCAAACUUCUGAAGGCUGAAGAAGUGGCCAGGUUAUGGGGGGAGCGCAAGAACAAGCCGAGCAUGAACUAUGACAAGCUAAGCAGGGCGCUCCGCUAUUACUAUGUGAAGAACAUCAUCAAAAAAGUGAAUGGGCAAAAGUUUGUUUACAAGUUUGUCUCAUACCCUGAUAUCCUGACCAUGGAUCCGGCGACGCUGAGUAAAGCUGAAGGAGAUACAGAUGGCAACUCUGCCAAUCCUGUCAGCACCCUCUUCAUGCGCGACAAGGAGAACUGUAGCAAGGAGCGACUAAUGUGUCCUCCUGCCAAAUGCUCAGGACGUAAUGAUUACAUUCACUCUGGGCUCUACACAUCCUUCACCCUCAAUUCCUUAAAUUCAUCCGGAGUAAAGCUCUUCAAAACUACAAAUGUGGAAUGUACAGCUGAGAAGAAAAUGACCCCAGAGGUUUCCCCAUCAGUCAUUAGGUUUGUGACCACACCAGCUAAAAACCAUGAGCCUGCACCCAUUAUAUCUUCAGUUCCACCCCACCCUCCAGAACCCCAUGAGAAACCUGCAGAGCCUCCACCAGGUGUAAUAACUGGUACUUCUCUGGUUCCCCCAGUCACUUCCAUUUCGCCCAUUCCAGAACAUUCACCAGCUUUAUCUCCUGAUUUGACUCAUCAGGAUAUAGCUGACGAAACCGAUUUGGGAUCCCCACAGCAUCUUGAUUUUGCUACUGACAUGGCGAUGGAGAUAGAGGAAUCACAAUUAGAUUCGAAGGCUGAUCAGGAGCUCGAUGCCGAGUCUGAACCAGAAGCCUAUGUACUGGACAAUAAGAGCACCAAGUCUAAAAAGCCCAAAGAGCUGGAGUUAACUCCCACACUGGUCAUCACAAGUAGUGACUCCAACACUCUUGGUAUCCUGAGCCCUUCGUUGCCCACGGCAUCUCUCACGCCAGCGUUUUUCUCACAGACACCUAUAUUGCUGACGCCAAAUGCCAUGCUCUCAAGCAUUCACUUCUGGAGUACCCUUAGUCCGGUGGCCCCUCUCAGUCCAGCCAGGCUACAUGGCAGCUCCCUGUUCCAGUUUCCAUCAGUCUACAACAGCCACAUGCCGCUUGCAUUAUCCAGCUUUGACAGCCCAUCUACACCUGGACCAUUCUCUCCUGAUUUACACAAGUCCUAGCAGUCACAUUGAAGGGCCGGACACAAGGAGAAGAAAAUGCUCCAGUCAGGUUCAUUAUGAGCUCUUCACUAUGUCAGGUUCCCUAGAUUGAGCUCCAAUCUGCUUUUCUUUCACCUCUGAUUUAUGUAUGUUCUUGCUGAAUUAACCUUGUAAAUCACCAUGACAUUGGCUAAUCAAAUGUCCUCUGAGGAAAUGUUGGAAAGUGGCCAUGUCCUUUGCACUUGAGUCAGUGUCAGUGUACACACAAAUCAAAGACUCAUACUAUAGAGUAUGUAAUAACUCUAUUUUUUCAGCAGAAUUUUAUCUAGCAGAACCAGGAUUAUUUUUGUAUUAUAUGCAGGAAUGACUUCUCAGGCGUAUGCCUUAAUUCUGGUCCAGUCAUUUUACCAAAUCCUUUUACCUUGGAAGAUUUACAAUGACUUGGUAUUUUAUAGGAACUGAGACAAAGCAAAAUUUGUAUGGGAAUCUUUUAUAACAUGGCCAGCCUUCCCUGUCAAAAAAAAUAAUAAUCUAGAAAGGAAGCCACAAUUUUUCCUUCCUUUCAUGAAGUAAUUAUAACUUGCUGGUGGGAAACACAAAGCACUUAAACUGGACCAAACCCAAAGGGAAGGAGCAGACGUCUGAAGGUAUUAUUUAGAAAAAGGCGAACAAUGGCUUAGAAAACAACAAGGAUGAUUUGCUUCAGUUGAUGGCACCCACGAUAGCAUGCGUCAUUCACACAGCGUGAAUAUGGAAAACCGAAGGCUCCCAGGAAUUAGCACUGACAGCCUGACAAAGAAAGAGAAAGAAGACCUCCAGUUGUUCGGAAUCCUUUGAGAGAUGCUAAAAAGAAGCCCCAGAGAUUGACGUCAUGAUCCAGGAUCUGUAAAGUCAUCUUCUUAUCAUCAAGUGUGCCCGCUUCAAGUGUCUUUAGCUCCUGCUCCAGAAUUUUAGGUUUUGUGGCUUUUUUUUAACUGCUCAACCUAUGCAAUUUUUGUUUAAUAGAAAUGAUAUAUUUUAAUAUAUUAGCUGGUACAUUGCUUAAGCACAGAUGACAGAGAAGGACGUCUAAGACUAAUGAAGCCACUAACCAUAAGAUUGUCUAAGUAUAUUUUUAAGGGAAGCAUUUGUCAGAAUUUCUGUCGUAUUACAGUGUUACUAGAGUGGUAGGAUCGGAGGAUUGCCUUCUUUUAGAGGUAACUGCGUUUAUCACAGGAUAAGGAUCAGACUACUUUCCCUUGAUUCGGCUUUAAAGGGGAACUAACUACGAGCCGUUUUUAGGAGCUGCAUUUGUUACAAGUAGAAGACAUUGUUUGGCAGCAAUAGGAGACACCGUUUAUACAAGCUAUUGACUAAUCAUUUUUUGGGGGUCUUUUAAAAAGAGUCUACAGUAGAAAAAAAUCAUCUGGAAGAUAAGUAGCAGUGUAUAGUACUCUCCAUCACCUGUAAACACCCCUCAUGUCAAAGGGGUUGUUCACCCGGUCCCGCGGUGGGAAUCAUACUUUACAUGAUCCCCGCUGCAGGUUCCAGCUCCUUCGUUCUCCCAGUUCCACCCCUGCCCCUUGGUCAUCCUGCAUCAACAUCCAGUUCACACAGGUGGCCACUGGCUGCCAACAGUGUCAUUCAUGCAUCACGUGACUCGGUAGCAUGUCACCACUGUGGCCAGUCAUUGGGUGCAUCGGCUGCGUGACCAGAUGUUGACGCAGUGGAGCCGGGGGAGCAAAGGAGUUGGAAUCCAGUGGCAGGAAUCAAGUAAGUAUGAUUCCCACCACAGGUCUGGCCAUGCUGGGGAGUCUGCAAAAAAGGUUCCUAAGGGUUAACAACACCUUUAAGAGGCACACACACAUCUUAAGUGUCUGACUUCUAAAGGGGUUAAACACAGUUCCUAUAAGUACAUCUUCUUCCACUGACUGUCAGACCGAGGUAGUUGUAAUGUUACUGGAUAAUGCCAACAGUUAUCAUUAAAGGUAAGAAGAGGGUGAGAUUUGGCCUAGAAAUCAAAAAAAUGAUUGUGCAAAAUAUUUCUCCAUAGUACAUCAGACUACUUUCCUGUUAAGGUGGCCAUCCACCUUCGAUAGCUGCUGGCCAAACACGACAGCUUUGCUCCUGAACUCCCAAAUACUUGUACACAUGACUGCAUGUGGUCUUAAUGGGGAGAGGGGAAUACAUCUCUGUCAGACACCUCAUCUUCCUCCAGAACAAAGGAUCGGACAUGCUGAAAUCACCAUACCCACUCCUUCUUUCUCCCUGACAUCUUCAGUCUAGGAACUGUCAGGACCUCCCUGUACACAUUAGAUAGUCAGCAUGUUUGGCUGAUGGACAAUCUUUCAGACCACCACAGUUACCCGCUAUCUGUCCUUGUCAGGUGUCAUUAUUUCCACACAACAGAUCGGCGGGUUUAAUGUGUAAUUUCAAUCAAACCAUCCACAUAUGUUUUUUUUCCCCCUGAAAUCUGUGUAAAUCCAGUACCUUGUCUGCCAUGUUGGGGUUCAUCUCCAGACAAUCAUUUUCCACUGCAGAACCUCUUUAAACGAAAGUUAGCGGAUCCUCGACUAUUUUUUAUGGUGGUCUGCUUGUGGUUUCACUGGAAGCUCUUGCAUAUGUAUUAGUGUUCUCUGUGUGUCUUUGCCCUAUGGCUUCAAGCACUUUCAGAAGAUGUGUUGUUUACUAGUCAUUGUAAUUUUGGGGAGUUUUAAUAGUGUAUCUGCUGGCUGUAGUCUUUCUUAUACCCAGAAUUAAUAGUACUCAUAGCAGGAGGUCUAUAGUUGUAUCUGACAGACAAACAGCAUUCUCUGCAAACAAAAAGGGAAUGUCCAUCCUUUGCACCAUUUUGUUUUAAAUCAGAAUUCUAGGUGAAUAUUUUUCUAUCUUUCUAGUAAGCAUAGAAGUUAGAUAAUUGUGGCAGUAACCACUUAGGAAAGCUCACAAGCUCACUGCCUACUGUGUAUGCAAUAAACAACAGGAAAACUAUGCACUGAGCUCCUGAGCGCCCUCUAGUGGUGGCUUAAUGCAGGGGAUUUUUUGCUGUUGGAUGAGUGUCAUCUACCAAGUAAUUAUGGAUAUGGGGCUCUAGAUCUCACAAGGGAGCUCUUAAGUUAGCCAUACACACUAGUCUUUUGUUGGGCGUUGUGUGUACGGAGCUCCCGACAGAUGAUGUUGGGGAAGACGAGGAUCGAAUUAAAUGAAUAUUUUUACCCGAUCCUUUUGUUCUUCCGGGGGAUGAGCCGCCACCAGAAGUGUCUGGUAAUGCCUUUCUCCGCUCUCGCCAUAGAAUACACAUACACGUUCGGUCGAGCUGAGUGUGUAUGGGGGAAGCAGAGAGAGAGAGAGAGUUGGGAGAGAUAGCUGUCAGCUGAAUAUUGGCCGACUGCUCUUGAAUCUGUAUGGGCACCUUAAAGGGAUUGUGCGGGUUCAGAGCUGAACCCGGACAUACCCAUAUUUUCACCCAGGAACUUAAAGGGAACCUGUCAUGUGGAUAUUUGAUUAUAAUCUAACUAAUUAUAUACA